CUUCAUUUCUCUCUGGUUGCCCUAGUUUUCCAAAUCGCCGUGUCUCACUAGAAGAAGACGAAGCCAUGGUGCACGUCUGCUACUACCGCAAUUAUGGGAAAACCUUCAAGGGCCCACGACGUCCUUUCGAGAAGGAGCGUCUCGACUCCGAGCUGAAGCUCGUCGGCGAGUACGGUCUCCGCAACAAGCGUGAGCUCUGGAGAGUCCAGUACUCCCUGAGCCGCAUCCGUAACGCCGCGAGGGAUCUCCUGACGCUCGACGAGAAGAACCCCAAGAGGAUCUUCGAAGGAGAGGCGCUUCUCAGGAAGAUGAACAGGUACGGGCUGCUCGACGAGAGCCAGAACAAGCUCGAUUACGUCUUGGCGUUGACCGUGGAGAAUUUUCUCGAGCGUCGUCUUCAGACUAUUGUGUUCAAGUCUGGUAUGGCCAAGUCGAUUCAUCACUCCCGUGUUCUCAUCAGGCAGAGGCAUAUCAGGGUUGGAAAGCAGUUGGUGAACAUUCCAUCGUUCAUGGUGAGACUUGACUCGCAGAAACACAUCGACUUUGCUCUAACCAGUCCCUUUGGUGGUGGUCGUCCAGGAAGAGUGAAGAGAAGGAACGAGAAGUCUGCCUCCAAGAAAGCCUCAGGUGGCGAUGCUGACGGUGAUGAUGAAGAGUAAAUCUAACUCUCGCCGGUUUUAGCUAUGAAACAGUCUGCGUUUUGAUAUUUUGUAGUCUGGAACUUCGUUUUCUGAAGGAUUUUUUUAUGCUUUUUUAUUUCUCCUAAAGAGUUUGUCGAACCUUAUGCUUAUUUACAUUAAUCACAUUAUCUUUCAAAAGUUGUCUUA